AUGCAAUCGCCCCAUCCUGCCGCUUGUGGACGCGCUAAAGUGGGGCUACACAUUCGAGCCACCGUCUCCAAUAACAACAACAACAGCAGCUGCGUCUCUGAGCGCGGACACGGAGCGCGCCGCGUCUCUAUCUAUAUGUUCGUGGGACUUUACGCGGGGCUGGGUCUGGGUUUGGGCUGGAGAUCACCUUUAACCGCGUUGGCACCGCGUUAUCUUCAGCUGCUAGCGCUGUCGCUGCGUUUGCGGCUCAUGAGACGCAGCCUGAACCGUAUUGUCCAAGAGUUUUUUUCUCUGUAUCCCACGAGCUGUUGA